AUGGAUGCAUUCCAAGUCAAGAUCCCUUCUCUACCGAUAUUCUACACGCCUGGUCAGACUGGGAAUCUUGCAGGCUAUAGACAACAAAAAAUAUUUUCUAGACCUCACCCCAAUGAAACUUACAGCCCUGCUACCUCAAUUCCAUCACGGGGCCGUCCCAAGCGCAAAGCUGCAGAGGACCAGGAUUCUCCAGUGAAAAAAAUCUGCGAGAAUUCAGGAAGAACUGCUGUUAUUGCCAACCAACGGGCAGAGUUCAUUGGAAGCCCACCAGAACCACUCUCACCAUCAAAGCAGCUUAACAGAGAAGACCAAGCCAGGAGCUGCAACGCAUUCAAUACCAUCGAGUCGGAAUGGAUGGCAUCCAGUUCUUCCCAGACACCGACGGAGUGUGAUAAAUGGCAAAGUACCUCGAGGUGCCCUUCAUGUUAUAGCUCUGCCCCCGAGCAAUUAUACCUGCUGGGCAGCCAGCCCAGGCCCAAGCCUCUGGCAACAGUAGAACUGAUACUGUCGAUACUGAGAUCGCGGGAUAUCACACUCGGCGAGUUUCUCAUUACGCUUUUUGGGGAUACCACGCACUUAAGUACAUCAGCAAAGGAGAUGCUCAAGUGGUUCAUAGGGGGACGUACCGUGAAGAACCACCCUGUUGACAUCGUCCAUGCAUUAUACAGUCAUCCAUGGGCCCAGCCCCAGCAAUCGUAUGAACCCACCUAUGACACACUGCCAGAAUACGCUAUUCCAAUGAUGAGUUCUCAGCCAGGAACUCAUUCAGACAUCAAGAACACGUACAGCAAGCUACAGGAGUACUUUAUUGCACGCGUUGUUGACCGGCUGGAGACAGAAGUCAGGGCUCUUCUCAAAAGCCCUUACUUGCGUGCAAGAGACACCGCGACAAGCCGAUUUAGCUGGGAUACGGUCCUAGACUUCUCUGUUAACACAGUCCAGAAGAUGGCCCUCAGCGUCGCACCUGUGACCUGGAUGUUGUUAACAUGGAUUGCAGUUGGUGGGGAGAGGGUGGAGCAGCUGAAAGAAGCGAAAUUAAGGGACUCUGGGAAGGGACGUGGGUCGAAUCACGUACGAGAUCCCUAUUUAGGAUGCACCGUUGUGCUGAUGGUGCUGUUGUACUUUUGUAAUAAAGGGUUAAACAAAUUCCAGAGCAUCAUGGGAUUACUCAUGUUCUCUGAGAAUUCUUCAAAGUCAUUACAAUCCAUCACUGGCCACAUCGGACUUGCAGUCGCGAAUAGCUCAACUCUUCAGCGCUUAUACUCAAUGAGCGCGGUUGCAUCCGAGAAAAUUCGCAACAUAGGGGCUAACUGGGUCAACAAGCUGGCUUCAUUCCAUGUCGUUUAUGAUAACAUCAAUCAGUACCAUAAAGACUGGCGGCCAUCCCUCUCUUCACAAACAUGUAUGGAAAGUGGGACUGCUGCCACCUUGAUCAUGCAGCCUGGCGUGGCUGCAGAUGCUUUCGAUGGUUUUGAAUAUGAGGAACGCCGGCGGCACGUCAAACGUGAUGACAUCACGUUAACGAGGAUUUGGGAUGACGUUGACCGCAAGCACCUGGAAAACGUCUGUGUCAUCAACAUAUUGCGUCUGUUACUCGAUCACAUACCUGGCCUGAAGCGACACAAGAACGACUUCGACAAUUUCAGGCAAACUGCUGCGAUUCACCCAACGCCACUCCAAAUCACCGAAGUUAUCCCCCUUGAGACGUCGGGCUUUGAUGAGGCAACUACUAUGGGAAACCGUCAGACAAUCCGCGACAUCAUCGAACGCCAACUUGGGAUCCCUCCACAUGCUGUCGAAGGACGACUCAUACCAUUCUCCGGUGAUCAGGCCACAAUAUCACGCAUCCGAACCCUGAAGCGCCACACAGCUUCAGGGUCUUCUUGGUUCUCUUCAAACCGUUAUGUCCUACCGCUUAUCGAGCUUUGGCACAUGAAGUUCGCAAUGCUCAAAGGGAUAAUUAAAGCUCACUGGCCAGAGCAGACCGAAAAGGGCGACGUUGGUCUUCGCUUCGCUGCCGAUAAACUUCGUCGGAAUUUAAACCCCAACAAAGUGGAUUUCUAUCCCGCUGAGAGACUCAUUGAAGUUGUACUCACAGCGAUGACGCUAAAUUACAUCAGACAUAUACUUCGCCAGAAAUCUUUGAAAUGCCCUGUCCGGGAGGACAGGAAGCCGAUGCACCUUACCGAAGAACUCGAGGCAUACACAAAGGAAGGAAACUUUCUCCAUUCAUGUAGUUUCAACGAUCUCUACCGCCUUGCUUGCGAUGCAUACCAUGCAUUUGGCUCGACACGUUCCGGUUACAUGGCCUUGUCACCCGAUGUAAGCGAUGGCCAGUCAUACUUCGCCCGCUUCAUCGAUCCUCAACUGGACUCUCUCUUCCCAAUGCCAGAAGAGCCCUCGAUUGUAUCCAAUAUGGCCCGACGAAGCUGUGAGCAGGGUGAAAGCGAUGAAGACGAUGUGGACGAAAGUGAUGACGAGGCUGGUAAUGCCAAUGACUGCAUCGGAGCAUCAAUGAAUAUUGAUUUGACUUUCGAUAAUGAAUCUCUCACCUUCGAGAUGCCAAACAACACUCGUGGCGACAUCUUAAUGCACAACAAUGCAUUUCUUUGGCGAGAUUUGCUUCAUUACUGGGAGCUCAAGAGUAGCGUGAAGGAAGGAGAUGUAGGACAGACGUUUGAAGUGAUUAAGUGGCUACGCAUGUGGUUCUUCGGCGUUGGGGCGAGCAAUUAUGGCCACGAACUUUUACAUCAAGCGAUUGAUUUAUGGUUCAAUUUCACGGCGGCGACGAAGAAGGCAGUCUUUGACUGGUACAUUUUGAAUGUAUCAGGGUUAGUUGGGGGGCGAAAGGAGAGAGAUCUCCUUCAGGAGCACCACAACCUUGCAAUCAAGCGGGUGCAUAAUGGACGCUUGGCAAGGUUUGAUUCGAGGUUCAUUCGGGAGGCCGUCUCCUUGAAUGUCGUGCCACUGGGUCAACUUGCAAACACGAUCAAGGAUCGGCUUGGUCUUCACAAAACCGUAUCGAACUGA